AUGGCCCCCUUUUCAUCAAAGCGCACUUUGGAGGAGAUCGCCAACAAAUCAGACUCCGAUGACUUUGACUACAGCGAUCAUCCCGUGCGACCGUCGAGGUCCUCAGGCAAGGCCAGGAAGAAAGUGAAGACUGCCAAGAAAAAGCGACGCCGCGGUUCUGACGAUGACGAUAUCGAUUCAGACGAUGACAUGCUAAGCGAUUUUGACGAGCUGUCCUAUGAAGAAUCGGCAGAAGAAGAGGAUCCUAAUGUGGAGCGCAAUGCACGAGGUCUUGCGCGUAGAAAAGCCGUUCGGGAGCGUCCAGUAUACAAGGAGGAUUCCGACGAAGAUAACGUGGAAGAAAACGAAGACGAAGAGGAGAAUGAUGAUGACGACGACGACGAUGAAGAAGAAGAAGAGGUGAUCAUAAAACGCCCGCCUCGAACUCGAAGAGGCAAUGUGAUUACACUCAAAAUAGGAAAAGCUUUGAAUAGACCACCCACGUCCGACGCAAAUACACGUACCAGACGCAGUACCCGUCAUAAUCGCGACCCCUCGGAGGAUAUUUAUGCUCUGACGAAUUCAGGAAGACAUGCGCAAACCGUCGAGCAGGGAAUCUCUGUCCCCGAAAUCCGAACACGACGUGCUUCCAAAACUGUAGCUACUACAAGGGCAAUUCAAGAAGCGGAUGAGAACGAUUCGAGUAACGUGAAGUCUGUCGAUGAAAGCACUGAAGUAAAGGCAUCUGAGUCGGAAGUCCUGGAAAGUGAUCCACAAGGUGAAAUCGACGAGAGUUUCCCUUCAUUCGUGCAAGGCAUUGUUGAGAGCGCUGAUGUUGAGAUGCCUGAUGGUGGUGUGAUUCCGGAGUCCGAUAAUGAAGCACCCAAAGAGGAAGAAGCAGACAACCAAGAACAAGAAGAUGAAGAUGAGGACGAUGAUGAGGACGAAGGCCCGGUCACGCGCAGGAGGAACAGACCCAACCAAAAGCCCACAGCAGAUGCCCAAGCGGACGAUGGUAGCGAAACCCGUUCUAGCAGGAAAAGGCCGCCACGCUCUUCACAACGAAAGCAAGACGAAAAUUCUGACUUUGAGCCAAAUGAAGAGGAAUCCGACGAUGAUGAUGAAAUAUCAGAAUCAGGUCGAUCAAAUGCUUCUCCGCGCAAAGCAGAGCACCCCACACGAGAUGAUAAUAGCAGCAAUGGCAGACGGCCUGGACUCCGCAAUCGAAAGUCGCAAUCUCGUGGCCGAGCAGAUUCUGAAGUAUAUGUCGAUGAAGCCGAGGAGCUAGCAGAGGAACUGGAAGACUUGCAACCAUCACGGCGCCGCCGAAGGAAUAAUGUCAACUCCAUAACCUACGAGGACAAACCUCGCCGCAGCAGAAAGGAUGUUGAUUAUCGACUCAUUCGCCCGGAUCUGAUCCUUCCCAUGGAAGAAGAGGAGGGUGAGCUUGCAAUGAACGAGUCUCCUUCUCGUCGCGGACGAGGUGGUGGAACGGGAACCUGGCAGCGUACACUUUUCUCGACGUCCGGCCCAUUCGGCGGUGGAGGACCUGCAGCUGUUCUGGGUCCUCCAGGUGCACAAGGAGCAAUUGCCAAUGUUGAUAGCGAUAGCAGCGACGACGAAAUAAUGCAAGUGAGAGGUGGCCCGGGAGCAUCAGGAGGGCUUGCGGCUCCUGGAGGCGUAGGGCUGAUGCCCGCUCAAGCUCAUAGUGCAGACGCUGCUGCUCCAGGACUCUCGGGAACGCCGGCGAACUUUGGUAAAGUCAAAGACAAGCAAACACUGGCCGACGCUGAUCCUCUGGGGAUUGAUCCUAAUGUCAAUUUUGACAGUGUGGGCGGUUUACAAGCCCAUAUUGAUCAAUUGAAAGAGAUGGUGGCUUUACCGCUAUUGUACCCUGAGAUUUUCCAGCGUUUUCAUAUCGUGCCGCCGCGUGGAGUAUUGUUCCACGGACCUCCUGGAACUGGAAAAACCCUGAUGGCGCGUGCUCUCGCGUCAAGUGUCAGCUCAGAAGGACGGAAGGUCACAUUUUAUAUGAGGAAAGGUGCUGAUGCCCUCAGCAAAUGGGUUGGUGAAGCCGAGAGACAAUUGCGAUUGCUCUUUGAAGAGGCCCGCAAGACCCAACCAAGUAUUAUAUUCUUCGAUGAGAUUGAUGGACUUGCUCCCGUCAGAUCGAGCAAACAAGAGCAGAUCCAUGCAUCAAUUGUCUCGACUCUCUUAGCUUUAAUGGAUGGUAUGGAUGGAAGAGGCCAAGUUAUUGUCAUUGGAGCAACGAAUAGACCCGAUUCGAUAGAUCCAGCUCUCCGCCGGCCUGGCCGUUUCGACCGUGAAUUCUACUUUCCCCUGCCCAACAAAGAUGGCCGACGUGCUAUUUUAGAUAUCCACACCAAAGGCUGGAAUCCUCCUCUGCCCAAUCCGAUAAAGGAUGAGUUAGCGGAAUUGACAAAGGGCUAUGGCGGUGCCGACCUUCGUGCACUGUGCACUGAAUCUGCUUUGAAUGCAGUGCAAAGGCGGUAUCCACAGAUUUACAAAUCAAGCCAGAAAUUGCUCAUUGAUCCAAAGACAAUCGAGGUAACACCAAAAGACUUCAUGAUAUCCAUCAAGAAAAUCGUUCCGUCGUCGGAGCGAUCAACAUCCUCAGGCGCCACUCCUUUACCAAAAACAGUAGAGCCUUUGCUACGCGAUCGUUUUACAGAGAUAAAAAAUGUUCUUGCCAAUAUUCUCCCGCAAUCCAAGCGCUUAACUGCAUUGGAAGAAGCGGAAUUUGAGGAACCGCAUGGGGCCGGAAGCUUUAAAAGAGAACAGAUGCACCAAGAAUUCGAGAGUUCUCGCAUUUUCAGACCUCGGCUUCUCAUCCGUGGCCCCCAGGGUAUGGGCCAGCAAUAUCUUGCUGGGGCUGUUCUUCACCACUUCGAGGGCCUCCACGUACAGUCUUUCGACCUUCCAACACUACUUAGUGAUUCCACUAGAUCCCCAGAAGCCACUGUCGUUCAGCUUUUCGCUGAAGUCAAGCGUCAUAAGCCAAGCGUCAUCUACAUCCCUAAUGUACAGACAUGGUAUGAAACUGUUGGCCAGGCAGUAAUAUCGACAUUCCUCGGCCUUCUCCGUUCCAUACCCCCAACGGACCCUGUGCUGCUUCUGGGUGUGCUUGAAGAAGACGAUGGAGAACCACUCGAUCCUGCAAUGCUCAAGUCUCUGUUUGGAUAUUCAAAGAAAAACCUCUACACUUUAACGCCGCCAAACAAGCCGGCUAGAUCUGAGUAUUUCGGUAGGAUAACCGACUAUGUGAAGACCUCGCCGCUCGAUUUUCCCGAUCCAGAAAAUCGGAAAAGGAGGAAGUUGGAGACUCUUGAGGUGGCACCUCCUCCGCCGCCCAAGCCUAAAACUCCGUUGACCAAGGAGCAAUUGAAAGCACAAAAGAGAAAGGACCGACAGACCCUGAAUCUACUAAAAAUCCGGAUUCAGCCCAUCAUGGACCAGAUCAAGAAAUAUAAACGGUUCAGAACUGGGGUAAUUGAUGAUUCUCAAAUCCGCUAUUUGUUCGAAGAGGAGGACCCAGCAAUCCUUACCAGCGACUUGCCAAUAGAACAACAAAUGGCUUUUCGGCCAUUUGAGAAAGCUAUAGACAAACAUGGGGUUCCAGGUUUGCAAGAAACGGCAACCGGCAGGUUCUUUUACAACUUGGAGAUCGUGACUAUUGAAAAACGGUUGUCCAAUGGGUACUACAAAAGACCCAAAGACUUUUUGGCUGAUAUCAAGAGGAUUGCCAAGGAUGCUCGUGCUUUGGGCGACCAGGAGCGCCUUCUACGCGCUAAUGAACUUUUGUCCAACGUGGAAGUUGACGUUGGCGCUAUUGAACAAAGUGAUCCUGCAUUGGUUGCAGAAUGUGAGGCUGUUUAUAACCGAGAGGUGGAACGGGAGCAAGAGGCGAUUGAACAUGCCAAAAAGACAAAUCCUGUGCGUGAAAUGGGUCCUCCGCCCAACACCAACGUACCACAUGGGAACACCGAGUCAAGCAUGUCCUCAGGGCCAGUUGUUCUCGGUCAGUCUGCUGUCAAUGGAACGAGACCCGUGACGCCUUCUAAUCUUUCAAACGUGAUUUCUGUGAGCAAUGGAAUUCAUGGGGGCAGUGGCUUGGAUCUUUACCACGGUACUUCAAAGAGCAAUGAACAUUCUCGCGCAGAGGACGGGGACACGCUCAUGACGAAUUCCGAUGAGCUAGAUUACAGUGGUCGGAUUACUGCCAAUAGUUCUUUUGGGCCGUCAGCUCAGCCCAAACACCCUCUUUCUAACACGGCGCCUUCCCAGCAAAUCAGGCGGGAAUCUGGCCUUUCUAGUUUUUCACAAAAGGCGCCGAUGACACCAAUGGCUCCUGGAUCCCAGCCAGGUGACUAUGCCAAUGAUGCUUCAACGACACAAACAACGUCUGAGAAGAAGACUUCACAUCAGUCCACGGAACCACAAUUUCAUACACAGAGCCCUAUAACUGGAAGCGGGCCACGAGAUGUGCCAGAUUUGACGUCGUAUCCUGAUCGGAUUUCUCAGGAGGACUCCCAUCUUCCUGAUACGCAGCAAGAAUACCCGUAUUCUCAAACUAGCCAUAUGAAUGGCAGUCAAUCACAACCACGCAUGACUGCUCUCCCAAAUAGUCUACAACACCGGUCUACAGCAGCAGAUACUGGAAUAAGACAGUCUGGGCAGGCAUCCGAUAUUAGAUCUCUGCUAAAUAACGAGGAGCGAUCGCCGCGCCUCAACAUUGAUCACGGAUUUAUCGACCAACUUCACUUCCAGUUGACACAGCUGACCAGUGGCUGCUCAGUGGAACAGCUUGAGCAGAUCAACACUCACUUGAUGGAUUGUCUUUGGAAGAAGCGCGGAGAAUGGGAUAGGACCAAAGUGGCUUCUCUGCUCAAGGACGAAUUUAACGAAAUAUUGCAGGAUAUGCAGAAUAACCAGUACUUCCUGUCUAUGAGCCAACACACCAAGGAGCAGUUGGCUACGCAGGGAACAAGCGCUAUGUUCCCCAUCACAUAA